UUGCGACAAUGAGUGCACCGCCGCGAUCGGCGCUGCGGAACUAGCAACAAGUGACCGUCGAAGAAAGUAAACGCAGCCGCUGCAGACCGUCGCUCGCCACAGAGAACGCGCCAAUAUAUAAGCCAAUCAUUACUUUUAUUGCCACUCUGCAGUUUCGGAGGAGCUUGGACGUACGCUCGUGAAGAGUCAAAAUGACGAAACUUUUAAUUCUACUGUGCUGCGCAUACUACACCUUCGCCUCUCAGCACAGCCAUAUAAUCCCAGUGGAAAACUACGAAACAGAACUAGAGGACUUGGGACAACACACAGAAACACACGAAACGCCUGUCAAAGUAAUAAAGAUAACCAAAACUAUCGCGGUAAAGAUUCCAGUGCCAUACCCGGUGAAGGUGAUUGAGAAAGUGCCGUACCCAGUUCAUGUCAAUAAACCAUAUCCCGUACAAGUGCCGCAUGUUAUUCAGCUGCCUAAGGAGAGGACCGUAGAGCUCAGGCCGCACCAUGAGGUCCAUGAGCAAGCUGGCGAAGAGAAACCCCAUGAUGAUUACCAAGCGGAACAAGCCCCCGCUUACGACGCGCCUUCAGGACACGAACACUCGUACGCACCAUUAACAGAACACAUACACGUCGGGGACGGGUUCAACUAUGGAAACAAUCAGCAGGUGUCGGCGUUCGGAAAUGACUAUUCCCAAGGCGCUCCAGGGAACUCUUACGGCGCUCCCAACGAAGGACAUUCAUAUGCAGGCGAAGAAGGGCAUAAUUAUGACGAAUCAAAACGGUAUAACUCAGUUAAGCCAUAUCAUGGAAAAUAGUACCUAGUAACGCCGAUCAAUUAAUGUUUUUGAUAGUGCGAUGAAUAAUUCCCACUGAUCAGUUAUUUAACUAAGUCAGGUUGGUACAUAUGUAUGUUGUUUUGCUGUGAAUGUUGUAUGUUGUGUAAUUUAAUAAUAAUUGUUGCUACAUGUGUAAGUGUUAUGCGUUUAAUAUGAUUGUGACCAGAUAUGCUAAAAUGUGUAUCUAGUUCGCAAACGUUCCCACUGCGAGUUUGCGAACUAA